UCCGCCUGCGGUAGAAGUUCUGACUGGCAGUCAUGUAUCCCUCCGCCUGCGGUAGAAGUGCUGAGGCUGGGACCGCCGCCAUUUUGAAUGUCUGGUCCGUUCCUCCUUCCGUCGAUUGAGAAGGUUGUUCUUGUUUUCUGGUAUCAUAACGGCUGAGGAUGCCAGCUCCGAUCAGACUGCGGGAGCUGAUCCGGACAAUCCGGACGGCUCGGACACAGGCCGAGGAGCGAGAGAUGAUCCAGAAAGAGUGUGCUGCCAUUAGAUCAUCCUUUAGAGAAGAGGACAACACAUACCGCUGUAGAAAUGUGGCUAAGCUGCUUUAUAUGCACAUGUUGGGCUACCCGGCACACUUUGGCCAGCUGGAGUGCCUGAAACUGAUUGCAUCACAGAAAUUCACAGACAAACGGAUAGGAUACCUGGGAGCCAUGCUACUUCUGGACGAGAGGCAGGACGUCCAUCUAUUAAUGACGAACUGCAUUAAGAAUGACUUGAACCACAGUACACAGUAUGUGCAAGGACUAGCCUUGUGCACCCUGGGCUGCAUGGGCUCAUCCGAAAUGUGCCGUGACUUAGCUGGAGAAGUGGAGAAACUCCUCAAAACGUCAAACUCCUAUCUGAGGAAAAAGGCUGCUCUGUGUGCGGUUCACGUCAUCCGCAAAGUCCCGGAGCUGAUGGAGAUGUUCCUGCCAGCAACAAAAAACCUGCUCAGUGAGAAAAAUCAUGGAGUUCUCCACACGUCUGUUGUCCUGCUCACUGAAAUGUGUGAGCGAAGUCCUGACAUGCUCUCUCACUUCAGGAAGAAUGAGAAGCUGGUUCCACAACUUGUACGAAUCCUGAAGAACCUGAUCAUGUCAGGAUACUCCCCUGAGCACGAUGUGUCUGGCAUCAGUGACCCUUUCCUGCAGGUGCGGAUAUUGAGGCUACUGAGAAUUCUGGGAAAGGGUGAUGAUGAUUCUAGUGAAGCUAUGAAUGACAUUCUUGCACAGGUUGCAACAAACACAGAGACGAGUAAAAAUGUAGGCAAUGCUAUCCUCUACGAAACGGUUCUUACCAUCAUGGACAUCAAAUCAGAGAGUGGCCUUAGGGUUUUAGCAAUUAACAUUCUGGGACGUUUUCUUCUCAACAAUGACAAAAACAUCAGAUAUGUGGCAUUGACAUCACUACUGAAGACUGUGCAGACGGACCACAAUGCUGUGCAGAGACAUCGAAGCACUAUCGUGGACUGCUUGAAAGACCUUGAUGUGUCCAUUAAAAGGCGUGCGAUGGAGCUGAGCUUUGCCCUGGUUAACGGCAACAACAUCCGGGGCAUGAUGAAAGAGCUUCUGUAUUUCCUGGACUCCUGUGACCCUGACUUCAAAGCGGACUGCGCAUCAGGGAUCUUCCUGGCUGCUGAGAAGUAUGCGCCCUCCAAAAGAUGGCACAUAGACACCAUUAUGAGGGUUUUGACAACGGCAGGGAGUUAUGUCCGGGAUGACUCUGUGCCCAACCUCAUCCAGCUAAUCACAAAUAGUGUAGAGAUGCAUGCCUACACUGUACAGAGACUCUACAAAGCCCUCCUGGAUGACAUCUCUCAGCAACCUCUAGUACAGGUGGCAUCCUGGUGCAUAGGAGAGUAUGGAGACCUGUUGGUCUCAGGCCAGUGUGAGGAGGAGGAACCCAUUCAGGUUUCUGAAGAUGAGGUCCUGGAUGUUUUAGAAGGUCUCCUUGUUUCUAACUUGUCCACCCCUGUAACGAGAGGUUAUUCCCUGACCGCUAUCAUGAAGCUGUCCACCCGUUUCAGCAGCCUCAAUCGAAUCAAAAAAGUGGUGUCGAUAUACGGCAGCAGCAUAGAUGUGGAGCUGCAGCAGAGAGCUGUGGAAUAUAACGCACUUUUCAAAAAAUACGAUCACAUGAGAUCUGCAUUACUAGAGCGAAUGCCUAUUAUGGAAAAAACGGCCACUAACGGCCCAGCAGAGAUUGUCCAGACCAAUGGAGAAACCGAUUCAACCAUCCUGGACACAAAACAUCUGCCCAACAUCACUCAACCAGCCAGUCAGGCAAAUGAUUUAUUAGACCUACUCGGAGGUAAUGAUGUGGUACCUGUUAUCCAAACAACGGUCCCCACAAAGCCUGCGUCAGCUGGAGGAGAACUGCUGGAUCUGCUGGGAGACCUUUCUCUGACAGGUGGUCCGACCCCCACCCCUGCUCCCUCUGUGCCCAUGUCCCAGCCCCCUUUCCUUUUGGACGGUCUCACCUCGCAACCCCUCUUCAAUGACAUUGCAGCGGUCAUUCCGCCAAUGACGGCGUACAAUAAAAACGGUCUGAAAAUUGAGUUCACUUUUGAGAGGUCCAACCCCAACCCCAAUAUUGCAGUUAUCACCAUCCACGCCACCAACUCCACUGAGGCUGAAAUGACAGAGUUUGUGUUCCAGGCUGCAGUACCAAAGACAUUCCAGCUGCAGCUUCUGUCCCCCAGCAGUAAUGUGGUUCCAGCCCUCAACCAGGGAAGCGUCACGCAGGUCAUCAGGGUCCUCAACCCACAGAAGCAACAGUUGCGAAUGCGGAUCAAGCUGACAUACACUCACAAAGGCUCUCCUGUACAAGACCUGGCCGAAGUCAACAAUUUCCCUCCUCAGUCCUGGCAGUGAUUUGCCACCCUUCUCAAUCUUAAAGACCCCCAGCAAGGGAACUAUGGGAAAGAUGUCCCCUCCCCAUUCCCAAACGAUCCCCCGUGACAUCACCACAGACGCUGCCCUGGGGUUGCAUGGGAAGCAGUGGAAUCCUCCUGACACAGUCAAGAGUUGAUGGUAUAAAGACUGAUGAUGAUGAUGAUUACAGUGACAUUGAUGAAGAAAAAUCACAUCUCAAUACAUAUCUUUUCAUUCAUUUCUUUGCCCGUCUGUCUUUCUCUCUCUACUUCGGGUUUAGUGCAAAAUGUCCAUACUCACACUUGCACUUAGCGUUGUGCACUUCACUUUAUCUGUCACUGUAGUGCACUCCCACACUCCUGCUCACCCCAAACAUGAGGAAACAUCCCUGGUGGCCACUAUACAAAGGAGCUGCUUGUCUGUUUUGUUUGAUUUUGUCCAUGUUUUUAAUCUUGUUAAUGGGUUUGGUGUAUUUUAAGAAAAGCAACGACAUAUUGAAUUAAUUGCAAAGUCUGAACAUUUGCCCCUUUAAGCAUUUCAGAAUCAAGAGGAAAAUGGGUUGUGAUGAUGUCGCCUUAAAUCAUCGUUGUACAUGGCAUUUAGUAAUUGUCGUGUAAGGUUGAUCCAAUGUCCCGGAUACAAGCGAUGUGGUGGCUACACCGUAUUUCACAUGAAAGCGUUGUCUGUCAGCAGUAAUGUACACACUAACAGAUCUGUCCAGAAGUGCUUGACCUUCAUCACAUGUAUCAUCAAGAAUAGGCAACAGCGCAUACUUUGAUUUUUUAGACAGCGUCUAAAUGUCUUCGACAUCGACACUGGAGCGUCUCUUUUUGAGGUGACAGAGAGAGAGAGGGAGUGUGUUGCUCGUUAAUUUUUGUGCAGCUUACAUCACCCAAUAGUUUUUCAUCAUCAAAGCUGGACACUUUUCCCCCCAAAACCUUUAAUUUGGCAUAUUGCAGUUUUGUUUGCCUCUACUAGUCACAGAUGGUGUGUUCUCGUAUUGUUUUUUAAAUCUUAAAAUACAUUUAAAUAGAUUGAAAAUAGCCUACACUGAAGACGUUGUCAGUUUUAAGAUUUUUAGCUCAAUCAUUAAGCAUUGAAAUCGAUAAAAAAUGUAGUUAAAGAGUGUGAUCUUGAAAUUGAUUUCUCAUUAAAUUAACACCCAGCGAUGUAUAAUGAGGUUAUGGUCAGCGUAGAUGCUGUAAAUAUAGACUAUUAAUAUAAGGCCUUCAUGAAUGUAGUUCCAUGCACUGAAUGGACUUUUUUUUUGACUUUCUGCAGUGAUUUGAAGUAUGGAAAUAUUGCCUGAACUAAAGCAAUGUGCCUUUGUCAUAGCCAGGUAAACAGAAAGCCCUGAGAGUUGACUGAAGAGUAGAGGACUUUUUUUUGUUUCGCAGUCAUUUCACUCGAGUUCUCGUUCAGAGGGCGUUGUACUGUCGGCGUGCAUUAGUUAGUGUCUCUUCUUGCAGCUUCCAAAGGCAGUUUGCAACAUUAACCUGAAUAUACCUCACACUGUCGUCUUGUUUUGUCUUUGUCGGCUAGGAAGAGCACUAUGAUUGUUUCAUCAAGUCAUGGAAAUCCUCACUUCACGUCAUCUGUCGCUGCUCUUCGUUUCCUUCAUCACUUUGCGUAAUUGCAUUUGCUAUGCCACACUGAAGUCUGGUGACCAAAUCAAGAGAUGUUCUUUGGGCUUGGGAAAAAUGUUAACAAUGUUAUGUAUAUGGAGAAAGAACGAAAAAAAAAAGACUUCUCAUUCUAAUAGCCUCUUUGUGUUUUGUUGCGAUUCUUUCGAUUUCUUGGCUUUUUCUGUACAUUUCUGAGGGCUUUUAAGAUGCAUCAUCUGUUUCUUUUCAUCCCUUUUUAAGAUCCGGUUUUCUAAGACUUGCUUCCAGUGUAUAAUGUUUGAAGCUGUCCCUCAGAAGGUAGUUUAAUUUAACAACUUACCUGUUUGAUUGAUUGAUUGUUUAUUGGAAAGAAACUGUACUAUGUGCUGCCUGUAUAUUGUAUAUAAUUGUAAAACGCAUCAACCAGAUCAAAUCAAAUAAAAAUCCCAUUUGAAGACCUGUGACGUUCAGCUAGGGGUGUAAUGUGCACAUGAUCUUGAGUUGGCUUUGUUUUAUCUAAAUGUGCGGUGGAUCACAGUCAUUUACAACUGAAAAAAUGAAAUGCUGCUUAUGGACACCGAUAUGAUUUGAUGAUCUGCAGCUGAUUUGUUUUAUUUUAAUUUUUUUCCGUCAUGUACUCCCAGUUUUACAUAAUGCAAUUUAAAGGGAGAGUUUAGUUCACUCCAAACUUGUAUGAAUGACUUUCUUCUGUGGAACACAAAAUAAUAUAUUUUGAAGAAUGUGUAAACUGUCCAAAUCAAGACUAGACUCCAUUGAUUUUCCAUUAUAUGCAGACAUUAAGUUUCAAUAUCAUUUGUGUUCCACAGAAGCAGGUUUGAAGUGACAUGAACUACACUUUUAAAAACAAAGGUGCUUCAUGAUGCUGUAGAAGAACCUUUGUUGUUGUCUAAAUGGUUCCAUAAAGAACCUUUAACCUUUGAAGAACCUAUUGGUUUUAAUGAAAAGUGGCUAAAGAUGGUUCUUCAGAUUAUAAAAAGAAAAGGACGAGAUGACCUUUGAAUGAUUGGUUCUUUGUGGAGUCAAAAAUGGUUCUUCCAUGGCAUCGCUAUAAAGAACCUUUUAAAGCACCUUUUAUUUUUUAGAGUGAAUCUUCAGACCCCUUUAUAGUAAACCAAAGUUAUAGUUUUCCCAUAAACCACCCUAUAUUCUCAAAAAGUCCUUUUUUAUGAAGCAUUUGGAGUUGAGGCAUAACUUCAUAUAAAUUGCUGUUGGGAAAAGCAAAAUAUCCCUAUUGUGAGAACAUGAUUUGUCCUUGAAUGUUUCGAUGACUCUUUAGUGAACUUGCAUUACAUUAGCUGGCAGCCUGUGGUUGAGAGGUGCGUAACAAUAGUAAAUGGCGAUGACAUGGCACUUUUUCAUUAACAAUCUUCUGCUUUUUACACUAAGACCUUUGGGCAUUGAAGAGGGCCAGACAACCAUCGGUUUCGUCAACACCAAAUUAUUUUUUUUUCAGCUGCAUGUGAAAAAAGCAAUGUAAAUAUUGUCAUUUCUACUCUUUAUGUAAACAUCCUGAAGUAAUGCAACCUAAAUUCGAAUUUUCAAGUCACCACUAUUCACUAUAUCUUGCGAUACAUGCACAGACCUUUGUACAUUUGGAAAUACACUGUUGAUUCUUCAAUUAAUCCUCAUUAAGAAGCAGUCUUGGGGACUGGGUGUCACUGCUUGACCCGGAGGACUUUGUAUCACAUGCUUGGAUGAUCGCCUUCUCCAUCAGAAUCCCUUUGUAAUCUGUAAAGGUAUCGGUUAUUUUUUUUUUUGAGUGUAUCUAUACAUGUGCUCUCUACUCGGAUAUUUUACACUUGGUAUUCAACACAUCUGAACUUGUGCAGGAGGGGAGGAUGACCCCAAUGAGUCUGACAUGAUGGACGAUCCUCAAGGAAUGAGUGCUGGACUGAGUUCAUGAUGAUGGAAGAAAAUGACAUGGGAUAUUUUAGACUUAUGCUGUGUAUUAUUGUCUUUGGGUUGGAGAAAAUGAUCAAAUAAAAACAUUCAAACUUGA